UUCUCGGGUGUGUCUGCCUGGCAAACUGUGUCGCUACAUUAUUUAUCACACACCUGGUUGGGAGGUCUGACAUUAAUUAAGGUAGGAAGUUUUGUGGUGCAAUGACUGGAUGAGAUCUGGUCAAAUCAAAUGAAAGAAAUCUUUGCUUGUAAAAAUCGCAGCUUUAGAAAAAGAAGAGUUUGGGAAUGCUAUACAUUUUUAUUUUUUUAAACGUUUCUUAAAAUGUGAUCCUUAAAAUGUAGGCCCAGCCUAUAGCCUAUAUGUUUGUACUACAAGAAUGUUUACAUGACCUAAAUGAAAGGUGAUCACUGGCGAGAGUCAAAUCUUAACAUUUAAGUCUAAAUAUUUGAGCGAAACAUAACUUAUUAAUGUUUAGAUAUAUAUUAACUAUAUCUAUAUAUUAUUUUAAUUGAAACGAUCGUACUAUAAAGUGCUGAUGCAGUUGACCAGCGUUGCUGGGCUGACAUGAUAAACUUUACAAGAACUCCAUCAUUUCAUCAUUUCUUUGUCUUUAUUUUCACAUUUCGUCAUUAGAAUGCGUCCGAAGCAGUUAUUCUGGAUUGUGAAAAUUCUCGCCAUCUCGUUUCUGAUGUUUAUGGCGUUGGUUUUUGUCUACACUAAACUCUACAAAGUUAGGAUGGGUAGGUUUCCGUAAUCUAUAUAUAGAACCUAGUUAUGGAUUAAAGGGGCCUUAAAUAAAUGACGUCACGCAUCUAGGGGAGGGACGUGGCGAGUUUUUUGAAGAUGUGUUAUUAGAAGUCAAGCUUGUGUGACAAAUUUGUGACGAUUUGUUAUUAGAACUCAGACUGUGACAACUUUGUGACGAUGGGAGGGGAGGGUAGACAAUAUGUCACUUAUGAACGGCUCCUAAUCCUCCAUUUUUUGUUGUGUUCAUUUAUUUUAUAUGUAUAAAAGGAAGAGAGAAAAAAGUUUCACAAGAUUCUAAAGUUCAUUUUUACAGUCGAAAUAUUCCAAAUAAAACAAUCUAAACCUAUGAUUUCACCAGUUCAGACAUUGCUAAGUUUAAAUUAAAGUCUGUCUAUGCAUGUGGAAGUGUCGAAAGGGCGAGAACCCAUCAAUUGGCCAUGACCAUGAUGUGUUGGUGAUCGGUGUUGAAUUAGUGAAUGGUACCAUUCAGAAAUGUCACUUAUCAGAGGGGAAUGAAAAGUCUCACUGAUUAGAAGGCACAACAGUAUGCCAGUGAUUAGAGGGUAUUUUAAGGCAAGUUUAAUGAUUCAUCUACUUUUUAGUGCGCUUAAACGCGUCUUUGAUAAAGUAUUUUUUUUAAAAGUUCUUUAAAGUUUAUUUAUAUAUUUUAAUUUAGCUAUUCAUCAUCCUGUCCUAAAAAUUUCAUUUUUCAUUCAAACGGAAUUCAGUCAAUUAAAUAAUGUUAAUAUUCACGUAAAAACAUAUCACUAACGUCACGUCGAAAACCUUCAUAUAAAACACUGUAUUAAUAGUAGAUUUUUUUAAAAUAUAAAAAGGUUUGCAUCGUUUUUAGAUAAAACUAUAACAUGUGUAUAGCCUCGAUCCCCGUGCCUGUAUACAUUUCAAUGACACGCAACUUUUCACUCUUCCCACUCUCUGGAGGAUGCUUUGUGCUUUAUGUCCAACUCCUAGCAAGCUUUUUCUUUUUUUCUUUUCGGUUUUGUAAAAAAUUCUUUUAAACAUAAUCAACAGAUGUGCAGGAGCGCAGCAUGCGAUCAAGGCAAGAGGAUACAGAUUUACCCAGGUGCGUUGUGUACCGAGGCCCAAAUGUUAGGGGCUUUAGAUUUUCGACCACUUGAGUAGUGGAAAACCAGUUCAUGUUGUGUGCCCUGUGAUUAAUUCUACUUGGCCAAAGAGGAAAAGACUUGGUCUAGACUUCCAUUGUGGCUUGUUUCCUUUAGUACUAAUGUUUUCAAAGUAGUCCAGAAGUGUAAUUUUAAAGAGUAAACACAAGUUUGUGUAUAGAAUAAAAGGUUAAAGUUUGUUAUUGAAUGUCAUAAUCAAUGUCAUUUCGUUAUUUUUCAUAAGUAACACUAAUAAAUAUUAUUGUCGUAUGCAGCAGAUCCUAUUUCGGAUACAGUGCCAGCUUAAGACCUCCGGAGGCCUCUGAGCAUUCGACAUUUAUCCCCCCCCCCUCAAUCGAAAUCGAACAUCAUAACUUAAUGAUAUCACAGUCACUUUGAAUCUUAAUGAGACUUUUGAUAAAUAUGAUGGACUGGCAACAUGAAAUGUCUUUUUGUUUCACAUUUUCUCAAAGUUUAUUCACUGAACCUCAUGAUUUUACUGCGAAUAGGAAAACGCCAUUUAACACAAAUAAGUAGGCCUAUACUCGCGAUCAUGUGUGAAGUUACACAUUUCUACGCUCUAGACCAGUGGUCGGGAACCUUUUUGUCUGAGAGAGCCAUGGACACCACAUAUCUUGAAAAGUAAUUCUGUGAGAGCCAUACUUUAUGUUUAAAACUAAAAAUUCAAGUAAAUGUGUGCAUUUUGUGUAAUUUAAACACUAAAAAUGCAAUAAUUAUGUCUCUGAAUUCUUUUUAAUAACAUUGUUAUGCUGUUGUUAAUCAAUAAUGAGUAUUUCUUACCAUUAAUGCGACUUUUUUUUUUAAAUCGAACAUUUGUCUGCGAGCCAGAUGCAGCCAUCAAUAGAGACACAUCUGGCUCGCGAGCCAUAGGUUCCCGAACCCUGCUCUAGACAAUAGGCAAAGAACAUUAAUUCUGCCCCCUCCCCCCACCCCACACAAAAAAGGAGCUCAUGGAAUGUUUGACUUAUUUUGCAAUAACGGCCAGUAAAUCUGGUUUACGAAAGUUAAAUCCACCCCACCCCACCUCCCACCCCCAACCCCCGUUUAAAAAUGUAAACUUUUUCUUGGAAUUUAUAAUUUUAAUUCAGAUAGAGGAUGAUUAUAUCGACGGUAAUUUCACCACAGUAGCAGUCCUAACGGUCUAUGAACCGCCGUCAUGACAUAUCGUGGGUUAAAAUCUAUUUAGAAAUGAAAUAUUUGUUAACUGCUUUGGUUAGCUCAAAUGAUUUCACGAGGUGGCGUAUUGCAUACGAAAAAAAGAGACUUGAUCUUGACACAAAAUCUAAAAGAUUUACAUCGAUUCUCUUCUGACAUUGAAUUUUAUGGAGUUUUUUUUUUUUUUUAUCUCGUGUUAAACUUACAUUAUACCACCGUUUAAAGGAUGUGGCAUAUACAAGCCGUAAGUUGUGCAUGAUUCGUGUUUAGUAAUGAAAAUCUUAGCGCCCCACUUCUUACUUAUAAUUUAACGAGCACCACUGUCAAUUUUUUUCUGCUUACAGCACUGAGUAAACGUAAACGUAUUUCAAAGUGUUAACCAUAUGUUUGACGCAGGUACCUAGUAUCAGUAUUUAUAUAUAAUAUAUAUAUAUAUAUAUAUAUAUGAAGAAAUCAAGCGAUAUGAGAAACUAAAUCAGUUUGAAACAAUAUUGUAAUGCCAAAUCUGAAACUUUUCUUUAAAAACUUUUCUUGGUUUACGCUGAGAGUGUGUGAGAUAAAUAGUUAAUGCUAUUUGUCCGUUACUGUGCAGGACAGCCUAACAUAUAAAGAUUGGCUACGCAAAUAUACCUCUCAGUUUAUUUAAUUCAAUAAGGAUGUACAUUUUUAAAAUUCAAAAUAAUUCUGAAAAUGAGUAAAUAGUAGGUUGUUGUUGUUGUUUUUUUUACUGUAUAUACAUGACCCCCCCCCCACAAGCACACACAAACACCCUUUGACUGCUGCGCCCUAGGCCAUGGCAUAGGUUGACCAGCACUUACUAAUAUUUCACGACACCUGAUAAGCUAAUUGUUAUUCUUACAAUAAACAAUAAGAAAACGCGAUGUUAUGAAAGGUACCUUAAUUUGAUGAAUUCCAAAAAUUUAUUUUUGUUGACUUUUUUUUCCACUGCAUGCAGAUCUUAGAAAUAUUAAGCAAACAAGGCUAAAUAAUUUGUGCCAUCAGCCAUGUCACCUCUGGCUUAACACCUAAUAUGGGAAGAGGUGAACACCCCUCAAGACCCUUUGGGGUAGUUAGGCCAAACACGAUAUACAUCGAUUUGUGUGUUGGGGAGAGCAUUUUCCCAUGGAGCAUUUGCUCAAGGUUACGCCCUUGCUUACCAACCCACUGUAUAUUAUUUUAAAAAUUACCCCCCCACCCCCCGCAAAUCAAAUCUGAGUUCCAGUCAACUUACUUUACGACAUCAAGGCUUUUUUUUUUCUCUUCUUCAUUUGGUAGCUUAUUCACUGACCUAUUUAACUGACAUUGUGCUUUUUGUUAUCUUCACCCAUGAUGUCACCAAAAGACAAAAGUAUCUCAAAAUCCUCUCUCUGAAGAGUUCCGUCUAAGCAAAACGUGUGUUGUUUACCGGCAAUUUUUCUUCUCGCCCCUAAACUUGUUAGGAUUGCAGAUUUCCAAGAUGACCACCAAUAUGAUAUAUUCAUAUCAUUACAAAUCAUAUCAAGAUCAGUUCAAGUCCCACAACUCCUAUUCCCCUAAAAAAACCGGAUACCUGUUCGCGGGGCCCCAUAAAAGGCGCGGGGCCCCCUAGGCACGAGCCUCAUUUGAUGCCCGUUAAUCCGGCACUGCUUGGAGAAAGUUAAGAUAUAGGCCCCAUACAUCUCAAGAAUUAGAGGCAAUUUUUAUAUUCAAAUUCUUGCUUUAAGACCUUUGAAAAACUCGCUAGGGCCUAUUAGUUGCUUAUACUGUUGUUUGUUUUUUUUUAAAUACAAAUAUAAAUUUUGAACAAUAUAAGUGUUUCCUUAAAAUCUAAUCUAUACUAAAUUAAGUUUAAUUUCAAAUCAAAUUUCUUUGCCAUUUUUAGGCAGGAGGAAUUACUCUCAAAACUGUACUACGAGAAAUUCGCAGGUAAAAUGGCGUUAAUUAUUGUUUCAUGUUAUUAUUUAGUGUUGUAGCCUCUAACCCAGGUCGGUUCUACUGGCAACCUGCUGACCUCUGCACCUAAUUUUAGCGCCAACGACGGGCAUGAAACAAUAGAUUUUUAAAUAUUUUUUAAAGAAGAUAAUUACAGAUUAAACAAAGAAACAAACAAAAAAGGAAUUCUUUUCAAAGAUUUUAGCAACUAAUACACACAUUGUUGUAACUGCGUAUGACACGGUACAGCACAUAAAGACUCUUCCACGCUACACCACAAAUAAAAACAUACACAAGUUUGUUACAUAACUUUCAUUAUGAGAUGGUUAUAUCAAAACAUACAGUUGAUGAUGAAUUUGUUUUUGAAAUCUCCAAAUUAUGGCCAAAAUUUUGACAAAAUCCGGUAAUUAUCAUGAAAGUUCGUAUUUUAAUUAUUUAAAAUAUCUAUUUCAAGUCCAGACAUGAAUUAGAAAAUAUCAAGACUAAACAAUCCAAGAUGUCUACUUUAAAUCCUUUUUUUCCACUCCAGACCUGGCAGAAAACCAUCUAUUGUCAAAAUACCCAGUCCACACCGCGUGUAAAGACGAAAAGCGACCUGGUACGUUUUUACAUUUUAUACAUAAAGGCUACUAAGAUACAAUCACAGAAAUGUGUACUGUUUCACUGUAGGAGGAAGAAUCAAUAUACACCAUAAUGGUAUGUAAAGAUACGGAAAUACGGAUGUAUUUAAAUGUAGUUGGUCAGAUGUGACGUUUAUAUACUUUUUAGCAUUGACAUCUUUGAUAUCAUUAAAGACUUUAUUUCUACUAUCAAAUCUCAUAGGGUAAGUUUGUAGCACAAUUGUUUUGUUUACGCACGCAUCUAUUUCGCUCAGUUGAUGGUCUGUCUUGUGGUUACAUGAAAUGUCACAUCUGGUUUGUGUCAACAUCGCGUCUGCUUCGUUCAGUGAACGGCAGGAAAUGGCUGGGUAUGGGAGGUUAGGUUAAGGAUUGUGGGGAAUUUUAAAAAAAUAAAAAUUAAUUUUUGUCGAAAUUAUACAAUGAUUAAAAUGUUAUUACUAACUAGUAGCUGAUAAAAUUACUAACAAAACUUUUUUUUUAAAGACUAUGCACAAAGUAAUUUUAAAAUUAAAAAAAAACAAAACAUUUUUUAUGUUUACAUUCAAUUCAAAUCUUUUUGGCGUGCAUAGUGUGCUCAGCUACACUUCUGCACGUCUUUAUUUGCGUACUGCAUUUUAAGAAAUGUGCAAAUUAUUUUCUACUUUUAACUGGUUUAAACUAUUCUAUAUUUAUAUUUUACCACACAUUAUUUGAUUCUUUAUCCCACUUUAGUCGUCCCGUGGUGACAUUAGCAGCCCUUUUUAAACUUUCAGUACUAAUAUAUACUAUAUAUUGCGCCCCACCCCCAAACCUUAGCGGUCCCUUGUUACGACACAGAGUGCGGCACAUCCCUGACUCAUGACCUAAAACUGAGCAUAGGCUCACUCCUGUCAGUCACCCGGAAAUCACGGACAGCCUUUUCGAAUCCCCACAAAGAUAUAACCGCCCAGUUAGAGAGCAGCCACCUGGCCAUCAUCACCGGGGCUUCAGCCAAUCACUUUGCAGAGAGUCAAGGCUUGAUCCAGUCGCUGCACAAAAAUGUUUUUCCCAAGUUCAACAACAUUUCACUUUACUAUUAUGACUUUGGACUUGAUAAAGGACAAUUAGAACAGGUAAGUUUGGACACAGGCAAACGUUAAGAGGGUUAAAUUGUCAGACUAUCUUUCAUAUAUAUCAUUAAGAUUAUUGAUCUUCAACUUUACUAAUAAAUAUUAGUAAUACCCAGGGCCAGGGAAAAUUUACCCUGGGCACCAGCAUUCAGUGGCGAACCUUGACUAAAUUCCACCCGGGGCGAACUCCCAAACUUGCCUCCACUGCCGGCUUAACAGCAUCGGGGGCCCUGGUCAGAGUGAUGCUCUGAGGCCCCCUAUAUCCUGUCUUACAUAUUCAAAUAAUGUAAAUAAAAACAUUUGGGCCAUGCGUUAUGGACAGUGUUUCUUUCAGGCAAUUUCAUCGAGGGGAAGGGGCAAAGGGAUACGUUCAGGCGCUUGGGGACGAGGCAGGGCAUCUCAGCACGAAAAUUAGGCGUAAUGUAGCAUAAGGCCAGCUGUGACUACGACGUCCCCUGCUAUGCAUACAAAAAUUUAAUCCGGUUGUGGUGACACAUGAGGAUAUGCUUUUAGGUGAAAUAAAAUUGCCAAAAGACUUUUCGAUAUUCAUAAAUAUAUGGGAAACUUGAUUCCCCUAGAAGAUUGACGCCCACUAGAAGCGUUAGUCUAAGAAUGUGUGGACCAGGCGAGGUAUCAGCAUUCAAACUAAAAUGAAGGGCGACAAGGCGGCUAAGAUCCAUGCGUUUCUCUAUGUCUGUGAAAAGUGGAUGGUCUAUCAAGGGCAUGCAAAAUUGUUGAUCCACUUUCAUGUGACAAGUCUCAGAAAGGACAGGGUGCCAGACAACGAGGCACUCCCACAGGCAGGUCUCCUCAGCAACUUUACCACUUUAAGUGGUCAUCGUUGAUUUCGACCUACUAACUAUAUAUAUAUAUUUAAAUAUUAGCGAAUUAGUCGGCCCCUUUGCGACCCCGCCCCCCUUUUUUUUCUCCCAAAGUUCGCCAUUACUUGCAAGAUACACACUGUUUGGUCAGGUUUCGAGCAGAGGAGAAAUUCACAACCUGAGUGAAUCAAAUAUUUUUUUGUGUGCAGACAUCCACGUUGAUGCAAAAAUCCCUUGACUACAAAAACAAGAAUCUCCCGUUCCAUGUUAAGCGGACUGUGUGCGAUAGAGCCGAGACUGCUGGAAGGUAGUGCCUGUCAGACAAAUUUUUCUGAAGUCAUUCUAAAUAUGGAUAACUUCUUCUUCGUCGUCGUCGUCGUUGAUGAGUCCGUGGGGGAAGUCGGGGGAAAGGAAGGGGGGUGUGGCUGACGCUAUUAGUUCACUGCACUGGGUGACGUUACUGAAAAGAUAAAAGGAAUUUUUAUAAAAACUGUUUUAUUUAGUAACUAAUUUUAAAAAAAAAGAAUUUGUAUUAACACAACCAGGGCUAGGAACUCCUAAAUUUCCACCAGAAUCUUUUCUGUUGCUCUCUGAUUAAGUGUAGAAGGGUAAAAAACUAAAUUCAGUUAUGCGAAAAAAUGCAUCCUUUCAUUCUUAUAUUAUCAAGGGGUCCUCCCCUCCCGGGCCUCCCCACCACCCCCUCCUCACUUUUACUAGAGAUUUAUAGAUUUCUUCUCCCCCCCCCAACUCUUCGAUCAAAUUGACAGUCCCGGCGCCCUCUUAUUUUAAAAGCGUUUAAGCCCAAAGUUUAGCUACGCCGCCGUCGUCUAUAUCAUUUUAUCAUUGAUUGAUGAAAUGUGGGUGGAAGCGCCAUUUCAGCCCCCCCCCCACCUCAGAGAUUUUCCCCUUCGUAUGAUCGGGCUAACCCUACAUGUCUCUAUUCUUCAUCUACAAAUAGUUGACACGCCCCAACAACUGGAAAAUUGUCUUGAUAAACAAGGGUCUGUUUAGACAACAAGAAGAAAGCUAAUAGAGCUAUUUUAGAAUACAAUUUUUUUUUUUAAAUGUAAAAAAAAAAAAUUAAGGUGCGAAAAAAAAUGCAUUAAUUUUUCUCAAAUGUUUACACGAAUAACGCAUUUGGAUAAGACCUAUUCUAAGUAUAUUUUGGUGGAAAAAUUAUUUAGAAAAAAGAAGAUUUGCUUUCAUAAUCAAAUGACACAUUUUAUCAAGACACAUGCAACAAUGUCACCAACGCCACCAGAUGGCGCUGAUUUUAUUAAAUAAAAUUCCCGAUAAUUGCGCUGCACGAGAUUCUUAAAAAUACCGCACGUGCGUUUGGUGCGUAAUAUUUUCUUUUCUUUUUACAGAAAUAUUCUCAACUUAAAUAUGGUGUAAUAAAUCUGCAGUAUUAAAGGGGUUGGGACUUUAGAAUAUAAGUAUAGGUCAGCUGCGUGAAAAAAAGUGUGUCGUUGUGAACUUAGAAAUGGGGGAGAGGAAGCAUUAAUUGGGAUUGUUAUAGAGUACGUUACACGGGUGUAUUUUAAAAAAAAAGUAAUUUCAGCAGAUGGGAAGCGCACCCCGGUGUCACCGCCAUUGUUUGACGGGUUGUGAACUGUUGGUGCAAUCAAGACGCGGUGUAAAGGGCGGUGGGAAAUCAGAAUAUGAAUAUAGUCCAGGGGCAGUGGCGUACCGGUGGGGGAGGGGGAGCACUAAUCGAUAAUCUUAUAAAGUGUGCUAAUUGAAUGCAUGUUUUGUCAAGUGACUUUAGCAGAUGGUAAGUUCACGCACUGCGGGCAUCAUUGUUUGGCGGGCUAAUUAGCGUUUAUUCAUACAUUGUUUUAAACUCGUCAAAGGUAUAACGCAGCAAUCUGCCCCUGUGUCAUGAAUAAGCUUAUAAAUAGAGAGCAUGAAGACAAAUGACAACAUAUAUCCAUAUAUAUUCACACAGUUGAUGCGACACUGCCGUUGUAAAGUCCUGAAGUUCCCAGUCCAUCUUCUGCCCACCAACGCCACAAGAAACAUCAAGUGUUUUGCCUGGAAAGUGCUCAUCAUUGAGGUAACUAGUGUUUUUUAUUCACGCAUAUAUUUUUGUGGACAGUUCCCCAAACGUAUUGUGCCAUGUUAUAUUAAGAAUUCUUUUAAAGCCCUUUUAUCUAGGUUUGUUGAAUAAUUAAAGAAGGACAUACUAAAUAAUUUAUAAAAUACUAACUCGUUUAUCAAGUCUGUAAUUUUAUCCGCAGGGUUUGAAACAAGCGCUUAUCGCUCGAUUGAGAUUGCAACUCUUUAUCUCUUUAACAAUUUAGACCAAGAGUUUGAUUUUUUUUUAAAUGUCCCUUUGCUCUUGCGCAACCAUCAUUCCGUAAUUAAAUUACAAUGCUAACAUCCCAUUUACUUUCAUCUUUCUCGAUUUUUCCCCCCUGCCGCCUUUAUUCUUCAUUUUGCAUCUAAGAGAUAUUUUGUAGAAAAAAUAAUUUAUUUGUUAAAACAAUUGCAUUAGCUUGUUAUAUUACGAAGUUCAAUAAUAAAGAUGUUUACUGUUCUUUCUUUAUUUACAGGCCCAUCUGACCAAGACGGACAUGCUGAUAUAUGCAGAUACCUCUGUGCGCUUCAACUCCACCAAAAAUGAGGAUCUUUUCACGGACCUGGCCAAUAAGGGUCUCCUGUUAUCCCUCUCGGACCGUUACGUCAGGCCUGUGGCGCACAACACGGCCCCCUCGAUGUUCAAGUACUUCAACAUUCAGCCAUGUUCUGUGGCCAACUUUCAGGAACUGGAAGCCGGCUUCGUGGCCCUGUUGAACCAGCCGUUCACACGUCAGGUUUUGGUGCAAACGUGGGCCGCGUGCGCCAUGGAUCCGAACUGUAUGUGCCCCGAAGGUUCGCACGACUUGCAGCACUGUGACGGUGGACUCCGGAAGUAUGCCAAGUGCCACAGAUUUGACCAAUCGGCGUUGACUUUGAUAACGCUACAGCUGUUUCAGGAUUACUAUUCUUCCUUCUUUUUUGACCAUUCGUAUUAUUCCGUUUUACGUGGCGAUAGACCAAAAUAUUUUGAAGCCUUAAAUAAAGCGGUAUGACGGACACUUUUUAUUGAAAUAAUUUAUUGAUAUUUUAAAACAAAAAAAAGAACACAAUUAAAAUAACAAAAACAAAUAUACAUCUCCCUGUUCUAGACUAACAUACCUCUGAAAAACUCGAAUGAAUUUUAUUUAUUAUCUUGAGUUAUAACAACAAUAAAUUAAAUAAUAGAACAACAAAAGACGCAUGCGAUCACCGUGGUGGUCUUACUGUCUCACUUAGACUUACCGCUAUUUCAGCCUGAGUCUCCCCCCAAAUAGCUCAGCCUCCACUGUUUUCUGUAUAUCUGAAUUAAACCAAAAAAAAAAAAAACAACAACAACAACUUGGUAGCAGUACACUGGAAGUUUUCAGGUUAAGGUGUUGCAUUCAACAUUGAAAUUUCACUAUGGACAGACUCAACAAAGAUAUACUGUUGGGUGAGCUUGUAGAGGCUUGAGCCAUUGGUUACGUUUCGAAAUAAUAUUUACAAAACCAUCCAAAAAAUGAUAGAUUUGACUCAGAGGAUGCAAUUUAUUGAACACAUAAAUGGAGUAGGCCUACCUAAAAUAACUUCCCUGAAAUGUCCUCAUGCUACAAUUUGGUUGUGUUAAUGUUGUUUUUACCAACAUGCACAUCUUUCUACACGGACUAAAUAUUUCAAAUGAUUAGUUAGGUAAAAAAUAAUUUUAUUGAUAUUUGUAUUCGAGAUACACUCAGUAUGUACGUCUAUAUUAUCUGCACGGUUUCCGAAUCUGACAAUUUAGUGUAUGAUUCCUCCUCAUAUCUUCAUGUAAAAUACUUGAGAGUGUGUGUGGGAGGGGGGGAGGCGAACAUUAUAUUAGCUUGGUUAAUUAGCAGGCCUACUAAUCAUGUGGGAUUACACAUUACGGACUUAUGUGAGGGAUUUAUGCUUUUGAUGUACAUGCUUCUUAUAUAAUUUUAAUAUGGAAUGUUUCAAGGAAGUCGUACAAAUGUGACGUCAGGAAAAUAAGAUGGAGUUCACCG